AUGAGCAUGAAUAGAGAGAUCAACUUCUUUUUAGGACUUCAAGUAAAGAAAGUCCCUCAAGGGAUAUUCAUCCAUCAGGAGAUAUACACCACAGAACUACUGAAGAAAUACUCGAUGGACAAUUGCUCUUCGGCCAAGGUCCCCAUGGCCUUCAGAUAUAAGAUAUCUGCUAAUCCUUCCGGUGAAUCAGUGGAUCAUAAGCCUUAUAGAGGAAUAAUUGGCUCAUUGAUGUACCUCACCGCAAGCCGACCAGACAUUGUCUUUGCAACAGGUGUAGGCGUAAUGUACCAGGCUGAUUCAAAAAUGUCACACAUGACCACAACAAAGCAGACUCUACGAUACUUAAAGGGUAGUAAGACCCUUGGUCUAUGGUAUCCCGAAGGAAAUGACUUCAGCCUACAAGCAUUCACCGAUGCGGAUCAUGCUGAAUGCAGGCUGGAUCGAAAAAGCACUUCAGGUGGAUUUCAAUUUCUGGUUGGAAGACUCGUCAGCUGGUCGUCAAGAAAGCAAAGCUGUGUAUCAUUGUCUACCGCAGAAGCUAAAUAUGUGGCCGUAGCAAGCUGUUGUUCACAAGUCUUAUAG